AUGCGGCGCACAGCGGUCAGUGAAAGGCGAAGGAUUUACUCGGACAGCGGCAGUGGCCGAGGGACAUCCGCGCGCCCGUCCAAGCUGAGGGCGAAGCUGUGCAUCGCGGCCAUCUGGUGCGUGUCCGGCGCGCUGGCGGCGCCGAUGGCGGCCGCGCUGCGCGUCGUCGUCGUCACGGAGACCGUCGGUGAGCGCGUGGUGACGAAGCCGUUCUGCAUCAACGUGCACCUGUCCAACGAGGCGAUGAUGUCGUACCGCAUGGUGCUGUUCCUGGUGCAGUACCUGACGCCGCUGUGCAUCAUCUCGUACGUGUACGCGCGCAUGGCGCUCCGCCUCUGGGGCUCCAAGGCGCCGGGCAACGCACAGGACACCCGAGACGCCACGCUCAUGAAGAACAAGAAGCGGGUGAUCAAGAUGCUGGUGAUCGUGGUGACGCUGUUUGCCGUCUGCUGGCUGCCACUGCAGACUUACAACGUCCUCCAAGACGUCUUCCCCUACAUCAACGAAUAUCACUACAUCAACAUCAUUUGGUUUUGUUGCGACUGGUUGGCCAUGAGCAACAGCUGCUACAACCCGUUUAUCUACGGAAUUUACAAUGAGAAGUUCAAGCGGGAGUUUCGGCAGCGCUUCCCUUGGCGGUCCCGCGGCUGGUCAUCUUCUCCAGUGACCGAGUCUCUGGAGCUGGAUCGCUCGUACGGGGGUCCAGCGACCGGCCGCUGCUCACUGCGCAGCUCCGGCUACGACUGGAGGCGCUCCUACUCGGCCAGUCCCGCCGAGCGACGCAGCGUCCACCGCGGCAACACCGCCAACUUGGCCAAAGGUAACCCGGAGCCUCGCAGGGUGGAUGGGGAGAGAGGUGGGGUGGAAGACAAUUAA